CACAAUAAUAAUAUCCGCCAGAGAAAAUGGAAUCCCAUUUUCUCGGAUCGUAGGUCAUGUUAUGAGUAUCAGCAGAAGCUUCUUUUGUUGUUCUGGAAAUCAACGUCGUCUUCUUAUCUUGUGUUUCUCGCUUCGAUACCUCUGAGUUUUUCCUCCUCGCCAAACAAAAUGUAUGCCGACUCCAUCAUCUUCGUUCCUUAUGCGUCGCCGAGUGCUAUUAUCGCGGCUGGGGUCGUCUUACCGGUUUUGAGUAUCAUUGCGGUGGUAUUGCGUUUCUAUGUGCGCAGCUCGAGAAAAACGGCCAUAGGUGUUGAUGACUGGCUUGUUAUUCCACCUUUGUUCUUUGUUAUUGGAAUGGGAGCCUGCUUAAUCGCCGGUGUUCACGACCAUGGUUUCGGCUACCCAACUCCACCUCCAACAGGAACGACGGAGGAAGAGUACCUGACCGAGACGAACCCUGAGAUUGUGACUGCUAAUCAGAUUCAAUUCGCUUUGAAUCUGUUGAUGAUUCCUGCUUAUGGGUUCAUCAAGCUCAGCAUCAUUUUCUUCUACAAGAAGAUCUUUGCUGUAGAGAAGCGUCUCUUCUACCUAUUCUAUGUCCUCACUUGGACUAUGAUUGCCGUCGUCAUGGCUUGGACAGUCUGCUUUGAGUUUAUGUUCAUUUUUGGCUGUGGAAAACACAUCAGCGCUUUCUGGGGUUCUCGUUUGGACUUGGCUACCUAUUGCGCCAAGGGUCUCACGUACGAUGAAGCUAUGUUCACUUCUGAGUUCAUCCUCAACAUUAUCCUGUUGGUCAUGCCUUUGCCUACCAUUUGGAGGCUUCAUAUGCCAUGGACUCGCAAGCUUGCCAUCACUGGGGUCCUCCUAAUGGCUUUCAUGGCUGUCAUUGCCUCCGUUUUCCGCCUCGUUAUUGUUCUCGAGGUGGUCAACUCCAAUUACAGUGCUGUCUGGGAUGAAGAUGAAACCAUCGCAACAAUCUACUACUGGGGAAUGAUCGAAGCAGGUCUCGCUCUCAUCGCCUGCAAUCUCCCCUCCCUCAAGCCCCUAUUCACCGCCGACGGCAUCCAAAGCGUCCUCAACAGCGUCCGCAGCAGAGUCUCCUUCCACUCCUCAAACAGCAGCAACGCACCCAAGAGCUCCAAGAGCUCCCAGACCUCGGAAUCGUCUGGUGGUCUGCAGAACCCGUUCCAUAAGGCUGAAGAGGGUAGAUUGAGCGUCACCCCUUUCAGAGGCGAUGUUUCGGAGACAGAGAGUCAUAUUGUCUACGUCAAAGGCCUAGAGACAGAGCAUCAGCAGAAUUCGAUCACGGUGCAGAGAGAUGUGAGUGUAGAGGAUACUACGAAGUGAAAAUCAGCUGCGGAGUUGGGCGUCUUGAAGGCAUCGUAUAUAGGCUACCUGAACAUCAUAAAUACCAAUUUGCUCUAGA